GUAUGCAUCUUGCGUGUCAGUCCUGCAUUGUUGUAUUACCUGUAAUUCGUUCAUGUAUGUUGAUUUUCAGACGCAGUAUCGAGCGUUGUCUCACCGCGUCAAGCCUCGACCUCACCCUAUCAAGUUCGAUUCACUCUCUAUACUCUGCACCACCACGUCAAGCUCCAACCAUGUCAUGUUAAAAGCCUCGUUUAAGCUGCGUCGAGCGCCACUCACUCCACGACAAGUUCUCCCAAACCUCUUCACAGGAGUUUCUGUACUAAUAGCUGGGUCGAGCGCCACUCACGCCACGACAAGUUCUCCCAAACCUCUUCACAGGAGUCUCUGUACUAAUAUCAACAUCCACGCUCUAAGCCGCGUCAGACAUCUUUGUUCCUCCCGUCGAAGAUAUCUUCACAGUUCGACCGGAGAGCUCGCGCCACCAAGGCAGCUCAUUCCAACUUCGCAAUCAGCUUCGCCUCUGGCCAAUGGCCAUGUGCCUUUUACACUUGCUGUACCAACUCCUUCGUCGCCUGAUGCCUCGACGGAUUAUAUCACGUCGCCUCUUUUGCGGCAAAUGAUGCUCGCGGCCGCAGAUCAAUGCGCCUGCUCUCCUUCAUGUCGAGCAACCCGCAACGAACCUGGUGGCUUCUGA